AUGGGAUACCGCUCACCACGAGUUGACGCGGACAAAGCGGCCCUCGGCGAUGCCGAAAAGGGAAAUAAUAGCACUGUUCAGCCUGUCGGUCCUGAUGGCCCAGUCGCGGCGGCCUGGGACGGACCAGACGAUCCCAGAGAUCCAUACAACUGGACCAAAACACGCAAGAUCUCAAUCGCACUCGUUAUCUCACUUUCCCAGUUAGUCUGCCUUAUGACAACUAGUAUCGUAGCCCCAGCCCUCCCUCAGAUUGCUACAGACCUACAUCUAGGAGAGUCAAAGGCGCAGAUCGCAUUCUCAAUCUUCGUUCUGGGUCAGGCAUUCGGUCCAUUCGUCAUUGCUCCUCUGAGUGAGGUAUUUGGUCGGAAACCAGUGUGGAUUACGUUCAAUCUUUUCUAUAUUUUCUGGAAUUCCCUGUGUCCGGUUGGCAAGUCUCAGGCUGUCUUGAUAAUUGGAAGGCUUUUAUCAGGAGCUGGCGGGUCUUGUGGUGUUAUUCUGUCAGGUCCUAUAAUGGCAGAUAUGUUUCACCAGAAAGAUAGGGGUAAAUCCCUUGCCAUUGCUUCGAUGUUCCCCUAUCUAGGCCCGGCCUUGGGUCCUAUCGUCGGCGGGAUUGUUAGCCAAUAUGUGAGCUGGCCGUGGCUGUUUUGGGUAAUGUCUAUCUUUGAUGCAGUCGUUGUGGCCUUUGGUGUGGUAAUUGUGAAAGAGACAUGCAAGCCAGUGCUACUUCGACGUAAAACCGGACAUGACAAAGGGGGGAAUGCAAUAGAUUUAUCGCCAUCAGAAGAUGGCCUGCUGUCCAGAAUGCGUGCCCGCCUGCAACGACCAUUGUUAUUACUAGGAACACGACCGAUUAUUCAGAUUACGGCAUUGGUUAUAGGUCUCGGAUUCGGGAUUUACAUUCUCGUGCUGUCGUUCUUUGCCACGCUCUUUGUCGACCAAUACCACCAGUCCACGACAGAUAGUAGUCUACAAUACAUCGCUAUUGCCCUGGGUAGCACCCUGGCAACCCAGGCUGGUGGCCAGCUUAUGGAUGCAAUCUUCGCGCGUCUCCGUGACCGUCUCCCCGAGGGGUCUGCUCUGCGUGAGACUCCUCCGCCAGAAUUCCGCGUUCCAAUCAUGGUCAUCGGAGCGCUGUUGUCACCAAUCGGCCUUUUCUGGCUUGGCUGGUCUGUCCAAGCCAGAGCCCCCUGGAUCAUGGUCGACAUUGGCGCGACGAUUUUCGUGGCUGGUACUUUCUUGGCUAGUCAAGCAGCCUCUGCCUACCUGCUGGAUGAAUUCACGGUGGAAGCGGCCUCUGCAACUGCCGCGGCUAGGAUGCUGAGUAACUUGAUGGGCUUUACGUUUCCAUUAUUUGCGCCGAAUUUGUAUGAUCGGCUUGGUUAUGGCUGGGGUAAUAGCCUACUGGCCUUUGUGUGGAUUGCACUGGUGGUGCCAAUUCCUGCAAUACUUUGGUAUCGGGGGGACAGGAUUAGGGCUAUUGGAAGGAAGUAG